CUGUGAGUUGUUGGAGUCUGGAUUGGAACGACAAGCCCCACGCCGAAAGAGAUGCACGAUGAACGAAUUUUUCUAGCCUCUGCCCUCCCUUUCCAGCUGUAGCAUCUAAGGACUUAGGUGUUGUAUAAUUUGGUACAUUCUCAGGCGCUUGGGUCAGGUCGAUGUGGUUCUGCGAAUGUUCAAAAACGGUGGAGUUUGCUGAUGUCCCUGCACAGAAGUCUUUGAACACCGUUGCCUGGAGUGACCUGCUUAUUGGGCACCACAAUGUCCCUGCUCAACUAUUUUGACCGUAAGAAGGCUCCACCAGCUAUCGGCACUGCAACUCCUGUCAUUGUUGUUGGUGAGAAUGUACCGCCGUCAUCGAUAACCGAGGUUCUAUCCAGCACUUCAGAUGAGGACCCUGUGUAUGUGCAGGUCGUGGAGAAGACCAGAAGCGCUCUUGCGAGGCGAAAGCCUGAUAUCGAUGUGGAGGUCGUUGACGUUGUGGACAGGUCCUCGGUACGGUCAUCAGGUUGUGCAGAGGAUGACCGGCAGCAGCCCAUCGCAGUCAUCCAGGAGACCUACCGCCCUACAUGGUCGCAGCGUAUUGCUCCGCAGUCCGCAGUUGAAGUGGUCGGCAAUGACACAAGCGUCAAGCAGCUGCUGUCUUGGCUGAAGGCAUGGAGGAAGCGCAGAAAGUUGGUCAAGGAUGCGCCGAGUCCCGUAGCUGCACCCAAGCGGCGACAAAAGUCCCGUCAGAAGAAGAAAAAGCGCAGAAAGAAAUCCAACAGAAUAGACUCAUCGUCAUCAUCCAGCUCUGACGAUGACUGGUUUGGUGCAGAUCCGGAUUUCAUGCCAACUGUGAGAAACAAGGCUCGGCAGCGCAAGCGCUGUCACAGCGAGGACGAAGAGGAUUGGCUGGACGAGGACGAGGACGCACAGCAGCAGCUGUGUAGCACAGUGUUGUUGACGGGACCGCAUGGCUGUGGCAAGACAGCCGCCGUCUUUGCCUGUGCACAAGAGCUUGGCUAUGAGGUGCUGGAAGUCAACUCUUCAUCGUUGCGCUCGGGAAAGCAGGUCCUUUCUUUGCUGCAAGAAGCCACACAGUCACAUCAAGUCUCUCAGAAAAGCGUCGAUGCAGCAGCGCCGGCUAUCAACACCAAGGCGGCCGCUGCCAUGCGCAGUUUCUUCAAACCCGCCGCUUCCACCCCCACCAGCAAUGCGCAACAGUCGAAUAAGUCGCCGAAUCCAUCGCCAUCGCAGCCCUCUCCGUCGACAAUGGGGUCUGGAUUUGCCGGGCCCUCUUUGAUCUUGUUUGAAGAGGCGGAUGUUCUGUUUGAAGAAGACAAGGGCUUCUGGACUGCGCUGCUGUCCGUUGCGGAAACAUCCAAGCGACCUAUCAUCAUUACCGCACAAGAGGACUGCAUCCCAGCUGGUUUACCUUACCUUUCAUUCCCAAUGGUGGUGCCAGAACCGCACACAAUCUCUGCACUUCUGCAUGACAAGAGCAGGGAAUUGCACGCUGGUAAUGCGGUUGCUCCAGUGAGACUUGAUGACAUCUCCUACGCUGUGGCGGUGUGCGAUGGCGAUCUCAGGCGCGUGAUGCUGAAUUUCGACCUUUGGCUUUCAAGCGGACACGGCACGGAAUCACCCGUAAGCUCCUUCAAGUCAUGGAUGUCAUCACAAGUUGACAUACGGACACGCCUUGCUGUGGACUUUGCCAAUAGUCGCACGGUGUUGCUACGGCAUAGCCUUGCAAGCUCAGCAGAGGAGAUAUCACCGGCGGAACGCUAUGCCCAGCUGAAUGCCACCGUCAGUCUCCUGGAGGGCCAGUCCGCCGUGGACAGUCUAGCUGCCGCCGCCGCUGCUGCGUUCACCUAUCCUCCGCCAUGCAGGCAAGCAGGAACUCAGCAGCCGCCAUCAUUGUCAUGGCAGCCGAGUGUAGCAUCAUGGUGGUCUGCCACUGUCAAGCCAGGUGUGCUGGACGCUGUGCCGGUGCAAGAAGCCGAUACAAUAGGUCAACGGCUUGCUCAUGAUCUCAGUAUUGACUUAGGCCGGGCGCUGGCUGAUUGUGCUAUUCGUACUGCAACGCAUUUCGUGUCUUCUGCUGACACGACGCAAGAAGCGAAAGAGGACACCGUUGGACCUGUCGGUGGUGACCUUGCAAACUUGGACUCCGGAAUUGCCUCAUGUGGCGAGGAAACUGCACCUGCACAUGGUUCUAAUGAUUCGGGGACUACAGCUGCUGGACGGUUCUCAACUCUCAGCGCAGAGCAGGAAAGUGAAUUCCAAUCCAGACUAGUGUACUACUCCGACUGUCUACGCUGGCCUCACGUGCCCGACAUCAUGGCGUGUCAAUCACGCAGCCUAACACUGGACUAUCUACCUAUGAUGAGGAGCGUUUGCAGGGACCAGCAGUUGAAGAAAGUAAACCGUGUGAAGCGAAGAUUCAUACAUCAUUUCAACACUAUGGAAGAUGAUAUCUCAAUCCGGCUGGCUCAAGAUCACUUGCUAUGUUGAGUCACAGCACACACUGUCUGGGGUUUUCAGUACCUGUAUGGACUGCAGCCUAACACGCUCCUGUUUCUCAUUUCAUUCAAGUUACUUCACAUCGUCAGCCUGCCAUUAUCUUGAGGAAGCUGCCUUUUGCUCCCUCUGUGGGAACGUGCUCAGGUUUAAUGGCUGGUGUGAUAACAACGUAUUUAGCAUUAACAUUGCCAUUGGACUGUGUCCUAAUGGAGUUAGACUACUCUCAAUCUAGCUAUCACUUUAGAUGAACAGCCCGUGAAACAUGCGAUGACAGUAUCGAAAUCAUGCAACUGAUAGUUUCCUCUUGGCUGUUGGCGUUUUUUCUAGCACAUUUAAAGCAUUUUUUUGAAGCAAGAGGUAAAAUGACGCUUACGUAGUGUGUGCUUCAGCUCUAUCAAUGUAGUUUUUUAACAGUACAUGUGUUAGCUCAGUAUCGGGUAGAAGUGUUGGUGGUGGUGUAGAUUUGAAGAGAUGUUCAACUUACAAGUACUGUCACUGGCAACGGUAGCAUAUAUAGUUAAGUUACUACGCGUGUCCUGUGCUUCUAUGUUAUCUGCUUGUCUUGAACCAUUAAUUAUUGUGAUCUUUU